CGGCGGAGAGGUGCGUCACUGCACGGUGGCCAAUGGCGGCCAGCCACGAUAUUAGAUAUGCGCAGGACAGCGGGCGCUGCCGCAGUCCGUGCAGCGACCUUGGAGGCGGCAGGACGGAGGCGGCGGUCGGCAUGGCGCCUUUGCCGGGCCACGCGGCCGCCCCGCAGCCCCGGCUGCUCCUCCUCCCCGCGGCGGCCCCCGGGUCGAGCGCGGCAUCUGCGUCUCCGCCCCCGCCGCCGCCCCGCAAGAGGCAGCGCCUGGCCCACCUCAGCGCCGAGGAGAAGGCGCUGCGCCGGAAGCUGAAGAACCGCGUGGCGGCGCAGAGCGCGCGGGACAGGAAGAAGGCGCGCAUGGGCGAGCUGGAGCGGCAGGCCGUGGAGCUGGAGGCCGAGAACCAGCGGCUGCUGGCCGAGAACCAGGCGCUGCGGGGGCGGACACUCAGCCUGGCCGCCGAGAACCGGGAGCUGCGUCUGCGCCUCGGCCUCCCCGCCACGGAGGCGGCGGCGCUGAAGGUGAGCCGGUGGGGCGGGACGGAGGGCGGCCCCUUCCGCUCCCUCGCCCCCCCCCCCCCGCGCAGGUGGAGGCGGCGGCCCCUCCCACUUACCUGGCCGGCGCUCCCUCCCUCGGUCUCUCUCUCGCAGGUGGAGGCGGUGGCAGAGCCCCCGGUGGCGGCGGCGGCCGGAGGAGGCGGCGGAGACACGGCCGCCGAGGAGGAGGAGGAGUUGGAGAUGGAGGAAGAGGCGUCGGGGCUUGGCCUGGGGCCGGCGACCGGGUCCGCUGAGUCUGCAGCACUUAGACUACGUGUUCCUCUGCAGCAGGGACAGGCCCAGCAGUCGCCCCUCUGGGCUGCCUCCGCCUGGAUCCUGACGGCGGCGCUGGCGCUCUCGCCGCCGAGUCUGAUCUGCUCCUGGGCAUUCUGGACGGCCUGGACCCAGACCUGUUUCUGCGUUAUGCGGGGCCUGAGCUGGCCUGCUGGGAGGCCCUGCAGCAAGAGCAGCUGCAGCCGCAGGGAGGAGAAGCGGAUCCCCUACCGGCCUCUCCUUGCGCCCCUCUGGGGCCCUCACCGCCCAGGCUGGAAGCCAUUAAUGAACUGAUCCGUUUUGACCACGAGUACACCAAGCCCUUCGUCUUGGAGAUUGCCUCGGAGGAAAUUGGCCAGGCCCAGAUGCUAGGGAGAGUCGAGGCCGUAGGACGGGGCCUCCUGGAAGCCCCCUUGUCUGUGAAGGAGGAGCCAGCAGACGUUC